AAUGUCCCUACUUAUUAUUAAUAUGACUGCAGGUACCUUUUUAAGUUUUUUCGAAGUUUUAUUUCAAUUCUAGAAUUGUUGAUUUAAAAUGAAUAUGUUCAAAUUUCUGUAAAAAUCAGUACAAUGUCGUAUAACACAAAUUGGGACGUUGAAAAAUAUAGAGAGGAGCAUGAAAGUGAGGAUCAUUGGCAGUUAAGGAGAGCCUUCAUAGAGAGAUGGAAGGAGAAUUAUCCAGAGGAAAGAUUAAUAUGCCUGGCGCAAGUAUUUGCCAAUAUAGAAUUUAUGGGAUGCAGAUACCCUAUAGAAACUAUGCAGGAAGUUGCGAGACUAUCGAAAGAGGUGGCAAUCAAUUACAGGAAACAAAAGAAAACCAAACUGCAAAGAACAUUUGUGUCUGCAUCUGACGCAGCUGAAGAUCGCGCUAAGGGCAUAAAGAGAGAAGGCGGAGUCGUCAAAGACUCCCCACCAGCAAAAUCUACAAAAAUUGAAUUUGUACCACAAGGACAGAGUGUGAUAACCACUGAUCAACAAGACUCCGAUGAUAAUGAUGAUGAAAAAUGUGUGGAACAGGAUGUAAAAGAUGAUGAUGUAAAAGCGAGUGAAUCAGAUAAGAAAGAACGGUUUAACAGUUAUAGAGAAGAAUUGGGGAAGAUUGAUUGUUUGGAUAUGGGGAGUUUUAGAGAGAAUAUGUUUAUAACACCGUUUGGACGGUUUGUUCUUUUGGUUCGACCAUGGGCUGCCAAACAGACUAAUAUACAAGCCAGCGCCCAAGCAUGCCAUCUAAUACUCCGCACGACGUAUAAACCGCCUGUCUAUUCGCUGGCUCUUAACGGAGAGCUGUUAGCAGAAGCCUCUGGUGAUAGCAAAGCGGAGGCGAGGUGCAUUGCGGAGACGCUGGCAUGGAAUAGAUUAAAAGAAUGCUCCGUGAGUCUCAUGGUCAAGGAACAAUUCAGAGCCCAAGGGGACAGGGAGAUAUCAAUGAGCGAUGUAUCCGGGAAGAAGGAGGAAUUCGGUACGCCCGUUGAAAACAGUGUUGCUACCAAGAUGAUGAAACUCAUGGGUUGGAAGGGCGGAGGACUGGGGGCGGACGCUCAAGGCAUUGAGGAACCGAUCAAGCCUAAUUUACAAAUGGUCAACCGGGCAGGCCUCGGCAGCACAGUGUCCGACAUACGCGCACUGAGACGCGCCGGCUUCGAGCUGAUGAAGCGCUACCUCAGCUCCGACACCCUGGACGUGGAGCUGGUGUUCAGCAGCGAGUUCGGCAAGGAGGAGAGGGCGGUGCUGCACCAGUGUGCCAAGAGGGUGGGGCUCGGGUCCAGGAGCUAUGGGGAUAAGGACAGAUUUCUUGUGGUGAGGAAAAAAUUGGAUCCAUUUUCUCUGGUUCGAGCUGUGGUGGAAAAAGGAGGAGACACUCCUAAAUAUCAAGUGUUCAUACCAACUACUUUGGCUAAUGGAAGAUGAUGAAUAAAUAAGUUUUAUUAA